AUGGCAGACUGGAUGCAGGGAAACGGUACGCCCUCGAAACCAAUGCCCUCGCGGCCAGGCUCGAACGCUGGGAGCAAUGCCCAAUAUGCCUAUCCGUCCCAACAAGCCUUCCUUUCGACCCCCCAGAACCAACAACCCCUAAAUGGUGCUUGGACAAAUUCUCGACGACCGAACGUACCUCUCACUGCGAAUGGCGUUCCUGCAUUUCCGUCAAAUGGACCACAAUGGAACCCAAACCAGUUAUUAAACCCGCGAGCGCCCCAGCAAGCCUCCCGAGAGGACUACUCCAACCAAAAUACCAACACCAGCAACUUUACUUCUGCGACUCAGCUUGACUUUCAGUUUGAUACAACUGCAGGCGGACAACAAGAAAUAUCGCACGCGCACCCAUCUACGCCCAUGUAUUACGGAAACGGCAGCAAUACAAAUGGACAAGACCAAUUCACUUCUCUUCCAAAUGGAAAUGGUGCAAUGGGAUCUGUGGGACAAAUGCUCGAGCGUGUGCAUAAUGUUGCAGACCGGAGUAUGGUACCGCAGAAGCGAAAGAAGGUAGAUGAUCCAAGAGAAGAUGGCGGCAAAAAAGCCCAAUUUAAUGGCCAUGGAAAGAGUGGAGUGCUGGGUCAAUACGUAAACGAGAAGAGAAAAGAAGGCGCACAACAAGCGACCUCUAACGGAAAAGUUGUGGACAUUUCAAUCGACGACGACGACGACGUCCAAAUUAUGGCCGACCCGGGAGACGUGGAGGUAUGUUAUGGCCGUAUUGAAGGAGUCGAGCUCAAUGCACAUCAAGUUCCAACUUCGAAACCUGGGACCAUCUCAGUAUCCAAGGGCUUUUGGCCUCAAGUCAAAAUUCAGUUGCGCCGAACCCAGGGAGAAAGGAGCACUCAAAUAUAUGCAAGAGACGGAACACGCGAAGUUAUCGGUUGUAUCGAUGUCAACACUGCUAUUGGUUUGUGUCCUCUAUUGGAUGCCAAAUUCAAUAUUCGAACCGCCUCCCGGAUUCUCACUCGCCUCAAAAGACCGGAUGACCUACCGCCAGGGGCAAAAACCUCCCAGAGAUAUGGUCUGGACUUGAACAUUUAUGGCCCAAAGAAACAUGCCAUUCAGAUCGGUCGUCACCUUGCACAAAAGCAACUUUGGCUACGGACGCCUUUAUUUGUCGAAGCAGGAACCGAAUUAUACAACCCACAUGUUAUAGAGAAGCCUGUCCAAGUUGCACCAAGACUAACAUCAUCUUACGGCCAUCAAUCACAGGGUCCAAUGCGUACGACAGAAGAAAUUCGCAAUGAUGUUCUAGGCAUGUUUGACUCCCUGGAGCAGUCCGAAAACUUACCAGAAAUGGAACCCAACCACCGGAUUACUACAGAACUUCUUAAACAUCAAAAACAGGGCCUUUCCUUCAUGAUCUCCAAGGAAAAAGAGCGUGUGUUUUCAAACGACGAGAAGGGAAACAGCUCUCUUUGGCGACGAAACGUUGUUGGCGGCGCUACGCGUUACAUCAACGUGAUUACUGGUCAAGAAAUGCGGGAAAGCCCUCCUCAAGUUUUCGGUGGAAUUCUUGCUGAUAUGAUGGGACUUGGCAAAACUUUGAGCAUUCUAUCGCUAGUCACGCAAACACUCGACACCGAAGCCUCGCGAUGGGCUAGCAUGGACCCCCGGGCGGAGAGGGAUGACAGAGAACUUUGCGCUGCUAAAAGGGGAAAGAAAGCUUUACCAAAAAUUGAGCAGACUCCUUUGGUCCGGAAUUGCAAGACAACAUUGCUUGUGUCACCCCUGAGUACAAUCACAAAUUGGGAAGAUCAGAUCAAACAGCAUGUCAAGCCAGGUACCUUGAAGUAUUACAUUUACCAUGGAUCUGGCCGUAUUAAGGAUAUCAACAAACUUGCUGAAUUUGAUGUUGUCAUUACUACUUAUGGAUCUGUCGCCACCGAGUUCAACUAUCGGAGCAAGAAUAAACCAGGAGUUUAUCCACUUGAAGCAAUGAAUUGGUUCAGAAUUGUUCUUGACGAAGCCCAUAUGAUUCGGGAACAAUCAACACAGCAAUCUAAAGCUAUCUGCCGACUGCAGGCGUCGCGUAGAUGGGCAGUUACAGGUACCCCCGUUCAGAAUCGGUUAGAAGAUCUCGGUGCCUUGAUGGCUUUCCUCCGGGUCAAGCCAUUUGAUGAGAAGGGAGGGUUUGCGCAAUACAUCAUGGCCCCUUUUAAGUUGUGCGAUCCUGAAAUCCUGCCAAAGUUGCGAUUGUUAGUUGAUAGCAUCACCCUUCGACGCCUCAAGGAUCGCAUUGACUUGCCGCCACGCCAUGACCACCUUGUCAAGCUUGAUUUUAACUCGCAGGAACGGCAAAUUUAUGAGAUAUUUGCUAAAAAUGCCUCUGAUCGGGUUAAGGUUAUCGUUGGACAGCGGGAAAAGUCACUUGGUGGCAAGUCAUACGUUCAUAUCCUCCAGUCAAUUUUACGUCUCAGACUUAUUUGUGCCCAUGGCCGGGACCUUUUGUGUGAGGAAGAUCUCCAAGUCAUGUACGGUCUCAGCAAGGACUCGGCCAUCGAGCUUGACAGUGAUGACGAGGAUGAUCGACCUGCACUCUCCUCAAAGCAAGCCUAUGAUAUGUACAAUCUGAUGGUCGAAACGAACGCCGAUGUUUGUGCGAGUUGCAACCGAAAAGUCGGCACCAAGGAUGAGGCUCUCGAGGUAGAUGGAGAUGCAAAAGAUGAGACUAUCGGCCACAUGACACCAUGCUUUCAUAUUUUGUGUCCUUCAUGCUUUGGUGGUUAUAAAUCACAAUUGGAACAACUUGCUCGAGGUAACCAAAUGGUCGAUUGCACGGUUUGUUAUCAACAUAUUAGACUUUCUUUCUUUGCUUUGCAACCAAGAGGUGGUGUUGAGAAUGCAGGACCCAAGGUAAAAGAAAAGGGCGCAGGCAAGACGCUGGACAAUUAUAGCGGUCCACAUACUAAGACUAGCGCAUUGGUUGCGGAUCUUUUGCGCUCCAAGUACGAAUCAUCAUUGAAGCCAGAUGAGCCGCCUAUCAAAAGUGUUGUCUUCUCCGGUUGGACAGCUCAUCUUGACCUCAUUCAACUCGCCUUGCAGCAGAACGAUAUCAAGUAUACUCGUUUAGAUGGGAAAAUGACACGAACAGCUCGCGGUGCAGCUAUGGAUAACUUUCGAACGGAUCCAUCGAUCCUCGUGAUUCUGGUUUCUAUCAUGGCUGGUGGACUCGGUCUCAAUUUAACCACUGCCAACAAGGUCUAUGUCAUGGAGCCGCAGUACAAUCCCGCAGCGGAGGCGCAAGCCGUCGACCGUGUUCACCGACUUGGUCAGAAGAGAGAGGUGACGACCGUUCGGUACAUCAUGAACGACAGUUUCGAGGAGAAGAUGCUCGAAUUGCAGGAGAAGAAGAAGAAGUUGGCCAGCAUCAGCAUGGAUAAGGAGGCGGGACGGAUUGAUAAGAUGGAUGCCGCUCGCAAGAGACUAGAAGAUUUGAGGAGCUUAUUCAAGUGA